AUGACAACUGAAACUGAUCAGACAAGCCAAUUUAUGAGUUCUUCGACAAUUGAUGAAUUUUCAACAACUGUGGAACCAGUUUCAGAAAUUGUAACAUUCACCGGAUCAUCUAGUUCCCAAACAGAAAACCCCUCUACUACUCAAGGUUUAACUGAGUCCUCAACUGAUGUGACUUCUACGGUCAUAACGGAAGAACAUUCAGAAGCAAUUGUUACAGAAUCCUCUGAUACCAUUAGCCAAACAACUGACUCUUUUAUUACACUGACAGAGACUUCUGAGACAACCAGCUCGAUGCCAAGUGUCGUUACUUCCACGUUGUCUGUCGACUUUUCAACGACAAGUAGUUCACAAGAACUCACAUCCGAAUCACCAGUAGCAACGGAGCCAGAACAAACUAGCCAGUUUAUUGAGUCUUCCACAAGCAGCGUUUUUUCAACAACUUUGGAACCUUUUUCAGAAACUGUAGAGUUAACCGAGUCAUCUACUUCCCAAACGGAAAACGUCUCCUCACCAACGGACCAAGAUUCAAGUGAUCCGUCAACUGAAGGGUUUGCCACGGCUACACCGGAAGACGUUUCGGAAGCAACUGUUGCGGAAUCAUCGGAUUCCAGCCAAACAACUGACUUUCUUGUUACACUGACAGAAUCAUCUCAAACGAUCAGCACUGUGCCACAAAGUAGUGCUACUUCCACGUUUCUUCCAGAUGUUUCGACUAGUGGAUCACAGGAAUCCACAUCAGAAUCGCCGGUAACAACGGAGGCAGAACAAACUAGCCAGUUUAUCGAGUCAUCUACGAGCAGCCCCUUUUCAACAACUUUGGAACCAUUUUCAGAGACUGUAGAGUUAACCGAGUCUUCUAGUUCACAAACAGAAAACCCCUCUACCCUUACAGACCAAGAUUCAACUGACCCCCCAACUGAUGGGAUUUCAACGGUUUUGCCAGAAGAAUUUUCUGAGGCAACCGUUGUGGAAUCAUCUGAUCCCAUUACCCAAGCGACAGACUCACUUUUCACAACUGAGGCUUCCCCGAUCAGUUCGUUGCCACCAAGUAGUGAAACUAUGGUUACUUCCACGUUCUCUCCUGAUUUGCCAACUACUAGUAUUUCGCAUGAAUUCACGUCACAAUCGCCAACAAUGACAACUGAAACUGAUCAGACAAGCCAAUUCAUUAGUUCUUCGACAAGUGAUGCAUUUUCAACAACUGUGGAACCAGUUUCAGAAGUUGUAACAUUCACCGGACCAUCUAGUUCCGAAACGGAAUACUCCGCUACUACCCAAGGUUUAACCGAGUCCUCAACUGACGUGACUUCUACGGUCAUAACGGAAGAACAUUCAGAAGCAAUUGUUACAGAAUCCUCUGAUACCAUUAGCCAAACAACUGACUCUCUUAUUACACUGACAGAGACUUCUGAGACAACCAGCUCGAUGCCAAGUAUUAUUACUUCCACGUUGUCUGUCGAAUUUUCAACGACAAGUAGUUCACAAGAACUCACAUCAGAAUCGUCAGGAACAACAGAGGCAGAUCAAACUAGCCAAUUUAUUGAGUCUUCUACCAGUAGCGCCUUUUCAACAACUAUGGAAUCAUUUUCCAGAGUCUACCGAGUCUUCUACUUCCCAAACGGAAAACCUCUCUACGCUAACGGACCAAAAUUCAACCGAUCCGUCAACUGAAGUGUUUUCCACGGCUACACCAGAAGAUGUUUCGGAAGCAACCGUUGCCGAAUCAUCUGAUUCCACUAGCCAAACAACUGAAUUCCUUGUUACACUGACAGAAUCAUUUCAGACGAUCAGCACUAUGCCA